AUGUCAGCAAAGAGGACAGCGGUGCCGCUUCCAGGCUCCAAGCCCAAGAGCAAGUCGAAAGUUGCGCCUCCAAAAUCGGCACUGAGCCAGGAAUUAAUUGGUAGUGACGACGACUCGUCGGCGGAGAGUGCACCGAGAGCAAAAAAGGCGGAGAAGCCCAAGGCGACCAUUGGUGUCCACAGACCGAACGGAGCAGCGAAGCCAAGUGCGAAGGAGAAGUCAACAACAAAGGCUGUGCCCAAAAGCAAGCCUGCGCCCAAGACACCUGCGCCGAAGAGGAUAACGCAAGAGCAGGUAGAGGAGCUAUCCAGCUCCGAGGUUUCAGACGACAGUGAUGCACCGGCAAGGGAUAUCCAGACAAAGCUGCCGGGAGAGGUGGAGAUGAAGGAUGCGUCUAGCGGGAGCGACAGUGACAGCGACUCGGACAGCUCGAGUGAGGACGAAACCGCGAAGCCUGCACAGAAGCCUGCACAGCCCGCCCCAUCGAAGCCACUCGAGGUGGAGCUCCGAGCUGCAAAGCCUUAUACACCACCCAAGGGCUACAACCUCGUGUCUGACAAGGACCGAACCUCGUCGAAAGCUGCAAAGAUUUUCGACAAUGUACAAGGAAAGCAAAUUUGGCACAUCACCGCACCUGCAGACGUUUCGUUGAAAGAGCUGGAGACUAUCGCCAUGGACAAAGCUAUGAAGGGAGACUCGAUUCUGAACCACAAGGGCACGGACUACGGCUUCUCAACAACAGAGAAGAGCGAAGAUGGGCCACGAGAAAUUCUGGUGCCUCAAAAGAACGGCUACAGCGCAAUACCCGCCAAAAUCUCACAGACUCUACAUCUACAGCAAGUCGUACGCUUGCCAAAACUGAGCUCGAAACAAGCAGACCCCAACACAGGCUCGGAAGCUGCAGCGUCCAUUACACGAUCCACCAUCCGCGCACCACGACCACAAGUCAAGGGUUUGAAGAUGCGGUACGUACCGCUUGGCUUUGUUGGUGGCGACAGUGGCGGAGUGCUGGGCGACACGGAUAGCGAGGAUGAUGAUGUUCCCCAGGAGCGGGCUGGAUUGGCAGCGCCAAACGGCCUCAAUCUACCUACAAAGGCGCCGAAGAGGAAGCACACCGAGGCCAAUGGAGAGGAAGCACCGUCAAAGAAGGUCAAGAAGCACAAAACGCCAGAAGAGAUGAAGAAGAAGGAAGAGAAGAAGGCGAAGAAGGAGAAGAAAUCGAAGGCCUGA